AUCAGAAGCUCCGCCGAAAAUCUGUGCUUUUGUUUAAAAAAGAAAAGAAAAAAACAAAUUCUGAUUUUUAAAAUAAAAGCACGUUUGCUUUCAUUUCUGUUCCGGCAUCGCGAACAAGACCUUCUCCUCUUCUUCUCUGAGUAGUUGUUGUGGUGGUUGUUAGGGUUUUUGGUGUGUUCAGGAGGUUGUUGGUGCAAUGGCCUUCUCCACUCUCCUCAGAUCUGCAGCCGCCGCUGCUCCUCUGCUUAACGCUUCCAGAACCACCGACCUCUCCUCCUCCCCGUCCGAUCCUUUCAAGGUCUCAAGCAUUGGUUUCGGUCGCAAUCUAGACUCUUCAAAGAGCAUUUUUGGCUCUGCAGUUCCUUGCGGUUCCUCCUCCUUUCAGCAAUGCAGCGGGGGAAGGAGUAUUCAACCCAUCAAGGCCACAGCAACCGAGAUUCCUCCCACCAUUCAGAAAUCGAGAAGCAGUGGAAAGACAAAGGUUGGAAUCAAUGGUUUUGGUCGGAUUGGAAGGUUGGUUUUGCGAGUAGCCACCUACAGGGAUGACAUUGAUGUGGUAGCUGUCAAUGAUCCUUUUAUUGAUGCCAAGUACAUGGCUUACAUGUUUAAAUACGAUUCCACUCACGGAGUCUUCGAUGGAUCCAUCAAGGUUAUUGACGAUUCUACCUUGGAAAUCAAUGGGAAGCAGAUAAAAGUAGUUAGCAAAAGAGAUCCAGCAGAGAUCCCCUGGGGUGAUUUUGGGGCCGAAUAUGUUGUUGAGUCCUCUGGGGUUUUCACAACAAUUGAUAAGGCUUCAGCUCACAUGAAGGGUGGUGCUAAGAAAGUUGUAAUAUCAGCUCCAUCGGCUGAUGCACCUAUGUUUGUGGUUGGAGUUAAUGAGAAGAAAUACAAGCCAAGUAUGGAUGUUGUUUCCAAUGCAAGCUGCACCACCAACUGCCUUGCUCCUCUUGCCAAGGUUGUUCAGGAGGAAUUUGGUAUCAUUGAAGGUCUGAUGACGACAGUGCAUGCAACAACAGCAACGCAAAAGACCGUUGAUGGUCCUUCAAUGAAGGAUUGGAGAGGAGGCCGUGGAGCUGGACAAAAUAUCAUCCCUAGUUCUACCGGUGCUGCAAAAGCUGUUGGAAAAGUGCUUCCAGAGCUCAAUGGGAAGCUUACUGGAAUGGCCUUCCGGGUACCAACAUCUAACGUCUCUGUUGUGGACUUAACUUGUCGACUUGAGAAGAGUGCUUCCUAUGAGGAUGUCAAAGCAGCCAUUAAGUAUGCCUCUGAGGGGCCACUGAAUGGCAUUCUUGGAUACACGGAUGAGGAUGUUGUCUCCAAUGACUUUCUUGGUGACUCAAGGUCAAGUAUAUUUGACGCUAAGGCUGGGAUAGGGUUGACCAAAUCCUUCAUGAAGCUUGUUUCUUGGUACGACAACGAGUGGGGUUACAGCAACCGAGUGCUGGACCUGAUAGAGCACAUGGCAUUGGUGGCUGCCCUCAACUAAAUGUGAAGAGGAGCAGUUCCCUCGUUUUGUCUGUAGCUGCUAAGCCACCUUUGAUUUUUGACAUGUGCUUACAUGUUCGAUUCAAAGAGGAGUAAGCAAUUUGUAGCGAGUUCUUUUUCAAGCCGAUGAUUGCCAUAUGAAUUUGGACAUCUUAUGAUGCAAGUUUGAUAAUAAUGAGUGGUUGUAUUAGCCGCUGCUGCUUUAGUACAAAUCAGUUUGGAUUGUUUCGUUUGAUAUCAUUGCAGAUUUUCGUUUGUUCCUUUUAAUUAAAUGUAUUAAAUUAGUUUCAUCUGAUUUUGAUGAUGUGGUGAAUAAUGCAUGUACCUCCUAUCAGAAAUAAAACAAGCUUGCUACAAUUUUGAGAA